AUGGAUGAUGCGACCUUGACCUUCGAGGCCUCGGAGGAUGUGCGUGCUGUAGCGUCGUUCAGCAAGAUGGGGCUCAGGGACGACGUGCUCCGAGGUGUGUAUGCAUAUGGCUUCGAGAGGCCAUCGCCUGUGCAGCAGAGAGCGAUUCCUCCAGUGUUACAAGGCCGCGAUGUGAUCGUGCAAUCACAAAGUGGCACAGGGAAGACAUCGGUGUUUUGCCUUGGCGCCUUGCAGACCCUGGAUAUCUCGAGCACGGAGCCGCAGGCUGCCCUUCUGUCACCCACGCGUGAGCUAGCAGAACAGAGUGCCAAGGUGUGUGCGGCAUUGGGUGAUUAUAUGGGCGUGAAGAUUCACCGAUGCAUGGGUGGCAAGAGCAUCAAGGACAGCAUCAAAGCACUCAAAUCUGGGGUUCACAUGAUCUCUGGAACUCCCGGACGUGUCCUGAGCAUGAUCCAGCAACGGCAUCUCGAAGUGAAGCGCAUGAAGAUGUUGGUGCUAGAUGAAGCCGAUGAGAUGUUCAGCAAGGGCUUCAAGGAGCAGGUGUAUAGCAUUAGGCGCAGCCUGCCGGAGCGACUUCAGACUGUGCUCGUCUCGGCCACACUGCCUGAGGAGGUGCUCGAGAUGACACAAGACUUCAUGAAGAAGCCCUUCCGCCUGCUGGUGAAACGUGAGGAUCUCUCACUGCACGGCAUUCGGCAGUUUUCUGUAUCUGUGGAGAAGGAAGAGUGGAAAUUCGAUACGCUUUGUGACAUUUUCGAUUCCGUGGCAAUCACCCAAGCUGUGAUAUUCUGCAAUAACAAGAAGAAGGUGGAUUGGCUUGCGCAGAAGAUGCGUGGCGCAAACUUCCCCAUCGCCUCGAUUCACGGAGACAUGCUCCAGAAGGAACGCGACACGGUGAUGGAGGCCUUCCGGGAUGGCCGGACGAGGCAGCUCAUCGCUACGGAUCUGCUGGGUCGUGGUCUGGACGUACAGCAGGUCACACUGGUCAUCAACUAUGACGUUCCAGCAAGUCGCGAGUUCUACCUGCAUCGUAUCGGUCGCUCCGGUCGCUUUGGGCGCCGCGGUGUCGCUGUGAAUCUCGUGAGGACCGAAGACGAGGCGCUCAUCAAGGAUCUGGAGAAGUUUUAUGCCGUCUCGAUACAGGAGCUGCCCGCGAACUUUGCAAGCGUCCUGAAGGGACAUGCGCAGACAUCUGCCGGUGUCUGCCAUGGCAUUCUACACAGUCUUCAGAAGGCGAAGCGUCCCGGCAGUGACCGUGAGUUUCUCUUGGCAUGCGCUUGGCCGGUUUCGGGAACCGAUGCGGCAUGGGCAGCCCGUCGCAUGGCCCUUGAGGAAGGGCUGGAAGCUGACGCCACAGUUGAUUCACCGAGUUUCUCAGGUCGCCGAUGUUGCGGGGGAGGCACCGGUGGCAACGACACCGAACGGGCACUUUGGCUCAUGUUCGGCGUCAACAGCCUUCUCACAGGAACUCAGAUCUUUUGCGGAGUCGUUGCGAACUCCCUAUCCCUGCUGGGGGAUGGGGCUUUGAUGGCAAUGGACGGUGUGUCUUAUGCUGUGAGCCUCUAUGCCGAGAAGAAGAAGGCCUCUGCGCAGGACGCCAAGCGACUGGACCGAGCAGCUGCCUUCUUCAGUGCUGCGAUGCUGGCGGCCACGACGGUCUGGGUGCUCUUCGACGUCAUCGAGCGCUUGACGGGGCAGGAGCGGGAAUCGGCUCUCCAGGUCGGCUCCAUGGGAUCCCAGCUGCACGACAUCCAGGUGAACAGCGAGAUCAUGAUCGCGUUCACGAGCCUGAACCUUGCUGCCGACUUCGUCGUCGUGCUCUGCACCUGGAGCUGCGGCGCCUCGAAGCUCAUGGAAGAAGAGGCAUCGAACCUGAACCUCUUCGGGGCCCUGGCUCACCUCGGUGCUGACGUGGUCCGCGGCUUCGCCGUGCUUUUGGCAGGGAUCCUGGCCGAGGUUGGCCUCGUUCAGGCUUCCAUGGCGGAUGCCUACUGCUCGCUCUUCGUUUGUAUCUUCGUCUUGGCAGCAACUGCCUCUUCCCAUUGUAGCAUCCACGAGACGGCCUUCACAACGAAGCCACACGACACAGCCACGCUCGGAUCCAUGACCAUCGAUGCAGGAACAUCCACACGUUUUCCGGCACAAGAGCAGGUGCGACUGCCAUUGCUGUCCCGAGCAGAUGAGGCGGCAGGCACACUGCCACGAUUGCCCGAAGUGAAGGGGCGAUUGUCCAGCAAAGAGAGUGAAGGGAACUGCCUAGAUCUGGAUGAUGAGCACUUGCUCUCAAAGAAGAAGGGCAUCCGGCUCCCGGGCUCCAAGGAGCCGCCGGAGCUGAGGGAAAUCCCCGAAGAGGCCUCGCCCUCACCGUCACCUCGGAGCACCGCCAGUGGCGUCACCGAGCGGAGUACCCGCUCUUUGGUGGAGCCCGUUGCAGAAGUCUCCCGCGGCCUUUCCCUGCCGUUGCUCGCCGCCCUGCGGGCCUCGCGCGCCGCUCUGGAGGAGCCGAUCGGUUGCUGUGGCGGGCUGAUAGCGACUUUGAAGUACUUCAGGGAGAAUGUGGUCAACAUGUUGGUGUUCAGGAAUUGGAACGAGGAGCGUGAUAAGUUCGAACAGACAGUGAAUUUCUUGACCUCGGUGCCCCUUUUCAAGAAGCAGCUGCCUCCCUGCGAGCUGCCAAAGGUGGCGCAGCUUCUAGAAGAGAAGACCUGGCCGAAGGGCUCAAAGCUCGUGACCCAAGGCGACAUCGGCGACACCUUCUUCAUGAUCUACGAAGGGCAGGCGGCCUUGAUGAUGAAGGACGACCAAGGGGAGGAGCAGGAGGUGGGCCUCCUGAGCGCAGGCGACUACAUCGGAGGCCGAGCCAUCGUCACGGAGCAGCGGCACAUGGCCACCGUCCUGGCGGUCGGUGAGCUGGUCACGCUCUCCAUGUCCAAGCAGGCCUUCGAGCAAGCUGGACUGAAGGCUCGGCUGCACUUUCCGAAGCGGCCGGCCAUCGAAGUCGGAGGUAGCAGCCAGAAAACUCUCUUGCCGACGACUCCCUUGUCACCCAAGAAGCGGUCAUCCUUCUGCAUGAAGAAGCUCGAUCAGAAUCAGCAGACUGCAAUCAUUCGGGCGAUGAAACACAAUCCGAACUUCAGAGCUUUCGUCGACGGUGCGAAUGGGCCCAGCGAGGAUUCCAUCAAGGAAAUCGUCGCCAACUCAGAGAUUCGCACGCUGAAAUGCGGCGACACUGCCGCCAAAUUUGGGGAUCUUGGUCACGAAUUCUAUGUUAUCGAGCAAGGCAGCAUCGAGGUCAUCAUCAACACCGGAGCGCUGAAGCAGGGGCAGGGCCAAAGAGGUCCGUCAAAGUCGGCUGCAGCUGCAGCCGCCACCUUCUCCAUGGCUGAUCGCAUUCGCAGGAAGCAGGACUUCCUCAUGAAGCUGCACAUCCCGGUGGUGGAUCGGAAUUCGAAGAAGGCGAAGUUCAACCGCAGCUGCUCCGUGCUUACCAAGGAUCCCCGAGAAGAGGAGGCGGUCGUGACGGGCGCCGAGUCGCUUGACAUCGGCUCCUCCUUCAAUGCCACGUCCUUCCGCGUCAAAUCGGCCAGCCGGAAGUUGAAGCUAGACGCUUUGGCGGAUGAGACCGAGCAAGAAAAGUCGGAAAAGCCGAACGACAAGGUCAUCAGCACCUUGCAUGCUGGAGACAGCUUCGGUGAGCUCUCUUUGCUUUACAACAUCCGCCGAGAGGCGACCUUCCGGGCCGCCGAGGAGACGAAGCUCUUUGUGAUUAACCGGAAGAUCUUCAAAGAGAUCACAGGUCGGGACAGCGGGAGGCGGAAGUUUAAGGAGUACUGCGACCUCCUGGACGAGGUGGACUCGCUCACUCCCCUCCUGAGGUCGGAGCGGAUGGAGCUGGCCGCCUUUGCGCAGGACAUGAUCAGCUUCGAUCCGAACCAGCGCGUGCUCUUCCAAGGCAAAGUUCGCCAGAAGCCCAUGUGGUAUGUGAUCUUCAAAGGCACUGCUGUCCUCAGCCAAAGCGACGGCCACGAGAGUCGGAAGAUUGCCGAACUUCCGCGAGGCAACACCUUCGGGGAGCGGUCUCUGCUCCGCGCGAAGGUGACCGGGCAGUGCAUCUCCGAGGUCAACGUCGAUGCUGGGCCCGAGGGCAUGACCUGCCUCACUUUCGAUGGCGAGCUGAUCUGCGACAUCUUCACCAAUCUAUCCCUCAGCGAUGCGUCGAUGCUCCCCGAUGUGAACGCUGAUGUGAGUGAGUGGGAGAAGAUCAAGACCUGCAAAAGCCGUCAGAAGUUUGAAUGCGGCUCCACUAUCCAUUCUGUGAAAGAGGUUUGUCGUUUGGGUCAGGGUGCCUUCGGCACGGUCUUCCUGGUAGAGGACGAGCCGUCGCAAGAGCGCUAUGCGCUGAAGCGGGUGUCGAAAGGCCAUGCAUUGAGGUGUGGGACCUGCCAAUCGCUUUGCUGGGAGCGGGAUCUUCUCAACAUGCUGGACAGCAGUUUCAUCGUCCGCCUGCACAAGACCAUGAAGGACCAGCAGUUCGUCUACUUCUUGCUGGAGGCUGCUCUUGGAGGAGAUCUCUAUGGGCUCUUCAGCACCCACCAGGACAUCUUUCUUGCUGACCAGCCUCGUGGCUACACCUCGGCCUUCUAUGCCGGCUGUGUGAUCGCGGCUCUGGAGCAUCUGCACGAGCGAAAGAUCAUCUACAGAGAUCUCAAGCCUGAGAACAUCAUGCUGGACACCCGGGGUUACGGAAAGGUCUGCGACAUGGGCCUGGCAAGAUUCGUGGUGGGCAAGACAAACACGCAGGCCGGGACACCAGACUACAUGGCUCCGGAGAUGAUCGAUCCUCCUCAUUACCACGACAACUCCGCCGAUUGGUGGUCAUUGGGCGUGCUGAUGUAUGAGAUGCUGUGCCAGCAGCUGCCUUUCGAUGACGAGGAGCUGGAAGACACUGGCGAGCGGCUGCUGGCGCUCCGCCGCAGCCAAGAGCACCGGCUGAACUUCCCCGCGGAAUGCCCGGCCGAGGGAAAGGCCCUCAUCGCUCGGCUGCUGCGGAAACUGCCACUGCGACUCGGGGCGCAGGGCGGCGCCGAGGAAGUGCGCGGACACUACUACUUCAAAGAUUUCGACUUCCCGGGCCUCCACGCUCAAACGCUGCAAAGCCCGGUGGAGAGGCCCUGGAAGCCGUCAGCUAUCACAGCAUCGGAUAUCGCCUCCCCGUGGCUGCGGGGUCCAGAGCAUCUGAGCCCCGGCGAGGAAGAGAUUUACGAAAGCUACGAAGACGAUGGCAGCCAGUGGGACACAGAGUUCUAG